ACAACAAACCGAUCGACGUGUUUUUUCGUUUGUCGUUUUGUUCGCCGGUUUGGUCACUUUUGCGGUCGAUUUUGGAAAUCCCAUGCGGAUGCAAAAAUUGUUCAGAUUUCUUCGGAUUUAACGGAGGUGAAGAAGUUUGUUGUCUUUAUUCAAUCGUGAUCGAAGAUUUCUCAUAGUCGGUCUGUUAUAAUUACUAAGGAUCAUGGCGGCCGAACGAAAGGGAACUUUUAAGGUGGAAUACCUGCAAAAGAUCGAACGGGAUAUGCAGGCUCGAUGGGAGGAACAGAAAAUUCACGAGAGCGAUGCAUCUACCAGUCCGAAAAAAUCCGAGGACGAGAAGUUUAUGGUGACGUUUCCGUUUCCGUACAUGAAUGGUAGACUGCAUCUGGGACAUACGUUUUCCCUGUCGAAGGCCGAGUUUGGGGUGCGCUAUCAGCGCCUGAAGGGUAAAAGAGUUUUGUUUCCUUUCGGGUUCCACUGUACCGGAAUGCCGAUUAAGGCAUGUGCGGAUAAGUUGAAACGGGAGAUGGAAACGUUCGGAUGCCCUCCGGUCUUUCCGGUUACUGAAGAAGAAGUUGUGGCGGAAGAGAAAGACGUGAUCCCGAAGGAUAAAAACAAGGGUAAGAAAAGUAAGGCCACGGCUAAGGCUGGCGGUGCCAAAUAUCAGUGGCAGAUUAUGCAAAGUCUGGGACUGCAGGAUGAGGAUAUCAAAAAGUUUGCUGAUACUGAUCAUUGGUUGGAAUACUUUCCGCCGUUGGCAAUCCAAGAUCUCAAGUCAAUCGGAUGCCACAUUGAUUGGAGGCGAACUUUCAUAACGACCGAUGCCAACCCGUACUUCGAUUCGUUCGUCCGUUGGCAGUUUAACCAUCUGAAGACACGGGGCAAGAUUAUGUAUGGAAAGCGGCACACGAUUUUCUCGCCCAAAGACGGGCAACCGUGUAUGGAUCACGAUCGUUCCUCUGGCGAAGGUGUGGGACCACAGGAGUAUACGCUCAUUAAGAUGAAGGUAACCGGAAAGCUUCCAGCAAAAUUGGCUUCGGUAAAGGCUCCGGUCUAUUUGGUCUGCGGUACCCUGCGUCCGGAAACUAUGUAUGGCCAAACUAAUUGCUGGGUUCACCCGGACAUCAAGUAUAUCGCUUUCGAAACCACUCGAAACGGAGAGGUGUGGAUUGCUACUAGACGAGCCGCUCGAAAUAUGGCUUAUCAGGGCUUCACGGCCACCGAAGGGGUGGUUAAAGAAGUGGCCGAACUCACUGGUCAGGAAAUUAUGGGAUUGGCGCUGUCAGCUCCCUUGACUCCGAAUAAGGUUAUCUACACCCUUCCGAUGCUUUCGAUCAAGGAAGACAAAGGUACCGGUGUGGUCACCUCGGUUCCAUCUGAUUCACCGGACGAUUACGCGGCUUUGGUGGACUUGCAAAAGAAGCAACCGUUCCGUGAAAAGUACGGAAUAACUGAUGAGAUGGUGCUGCCAUUUAAACCUAUUCCGAUUAUCGAAGUUCCAGGUUUGGGAAAUUUGAGCGCUGUCACUGCAUACGAUCAGUUUAAGAUUCAGAGUCAGAAUGACCGUGAUAAACUGAUCGAGGCAAAGGAGCUGGUGUAUUUGAAGGGAUUCUAUGAUGGCAUUCUGCUAGUUGGGGAGCACGCUGGCAAGAAAGUUCAAGAUGUCAAGAAAGAUCUAAAGAAAUAUCUAGUAGAUCGUAACGAGGCUGAUGUUUACUACGAGCCAGAGAAGACGAUCAUGUCCCGAUCGGGAGACGUCUGCGUUGUGGCCCUUUGUAAUCAGUGGUAUUUGAACUAUGGUGAACCUACCUGGCAAAAGACCACAACCGACCAUUUGAGAACGAUGGAACUGUAUCACGAAGAGGUGGCCCGCAAUUUCGAGAACUGUCUGGACUGGCUCCACGAGUAUGCUUGCUCUCGAACCUACGGUCUGGGAACGAAACUGCCUUGGGAUGAGCAGUGGCUGAUUGAGUCGCUUUCGGAUUCCACUAUCUAUAAUGCGUUCUAUACGGUGGUACAUUUGCUGCAAGGAGGUUCGUUCCGCGGGGAAAAACCGAGCCCACUAGGAAUUAAACCAGCCGAUAUGACCCCGGCUGUGUGGGACUAUAUUUUCUUUGCUGACGCUAAACUGCCCGCUGGCAGUAAGAUCAAGAAGGAACAUCUGGAAAGGAUGAAGCGAGAAUUCAAUUAUUGGUACCCGGUAGACCUGCGAGUUUCGGGAAAAGAUCUCAUCCAAAAUCAUUUGACGUUCUAUCUCUACAACCAUGUGGCGAUUUGGCCCAACGAACCUAGCAAGUGGCCCCGGGGCGUCCGUUGCAAUGGGCAUUUGUUGCUGAACUCUGCCAAAAUGUCCAAGUCGGAAGGCAACUUUUUGACACUGUAUGAGGCGAUUGUCAAAUUCAGCGCCGACGGAACGCGUCUGUGCUUAGCUGAUGCCGGAGACAGUAUCGAGGAUGCUAACUUCGUUGAGAGUUCGGCCGAUGCUGGAAUUCUGAGAUUGUACACUUUCAUCGAAUGGGUAAAGGAAACACUGGCUUCGAAGGCUGCUUUGAGAAAAGGCAAACAAGAUGAUUUCAACGAUGCCGUUUUUCUAAGCGAAAUGAACCUAAAGACGAAGGAAACGGAUGAAUACUACAAGAAGAUGUUGUACAAGGAAGCUCUACGUACAGGGUUCUUCGAAUUUCAAUCUGCCAGGGACAAGUAUAGAGAGCUGUGCGGCGCAGAUGGAAUGCACGUGGAUUUGGUUCUUGAAUUCAUUCGCCGACAGGCCCUACUGAUUGCUCCCAUUUGUCCCCAUGUAGCCGAAUACGUUUGGGAAUUGCUCGGAAACAAAUCCAGUAUCAUGAAAGCAUCUUGGCCUCAAGUUGGAACUAUCGACGAAAAGAAAAUCAAAUGUUCAGCGUACCUGAUGGAUGCUGCUCACUCGUUCCGCGUCAAUCUGAAGAGUGCAUCGCAAACGAAAACCAAGGGCGGAAAAGCUCUUCCUCCAGCGCCCGCUCUGAAACCUAGUGACGGUAUUAUUUGGGUCGCAAAAACUUUCCCUCCUUGGCAAUCGUGCGUACUCGAUACAAUGCGGGGGCUGUUCGAAAAGAACAAAGGUUUCCCCGAUAACAAAAUCAUCGCCGUGGAACUUGGCAAAAAGGAAAUCCUCAAGAAGUACAUGAAGCGAGUGAUGCCUUUCGCUCAGAUGGUACGGGAACGUGUUGAGUCUUCGGGAGGACCUGGCAAAAGUGCUAUGGAUGUGACACUCGACUUCGAUGAACGCGAGGUUCUCGAGAAAAAUCUCGAAUAUCUCAAAAGUACCCUGGAGGUGGAAUCGCUCAGCAUCCGUUUCACUGAUGAACCGGACGCUCCGGAAAAGAUGAAGGAAGAAGUGCGUCCCGGCGUGCCGUACAUCGUCUUUAGCGUGAAACCAUUUGUGGCCGUUGUUCUGGAAAAUCCCAUCGAGCGAUCCGGACUGUUUACGGUGAAUAUUCAUCUGUCCGAUGGGGACACCUUGACCAGUCUGAAAGAGAAGCUAGCCAAGCAAAUCGGAUUCAAAGCUGAUAUUCGAACUCUGGAAAUUUUGAGAUUCGAGGACCCGAUCAUGGGUCCCCGGAAGAUCCCAAACUUCCAGGACUAUCGCAGCGGUAAAACCAGCCUGGAGGAGGGUUCUUUCAAGGUGGAUGUUGAGAAGAAGCAGGUAUUUCUCAGCAACGGAAAGGUUCAGAACCAUAAUAUCGGAACCAGCUUCAUCUAUGUUAUCAAUUAAACUUAACCGGUAUCGUUGAACGAUUUUUGGUGGAGAGUUGCUAAAUAAACAUAAAAAUGUCUUAUUUAAAUGAUAAUAUUAA